UAAUAAUCAGGGCACUAAGAAACAAGAGGGAAAAAAACACGACACUCGGUAAUGACGUAUUACCGUGUGCUAAGAUACCUUUCGUUAUCUUUUUUUGGUGUGGUGUUCUUUUGUCCCUUCUCCCUUCGUCACUGGUCCGGACUAAACUUCCUCGAUAGCAGCCUCGCGAUGCGCGUAUUUAUCUUCUUCUCGGCUACGUAUUACGUAUAAUGCUUCUCAGUUUGUUUCGUUUUUUUGGCUCGUGUCAAUCGCCAAAAUGUCCUGGAAUUCCUUGUUGUCGAUCAGCCGGGGCGGGCCAGCACGCUAUCUCCUGCAGGCAAUGAAACGAAACGACAAGGAUAACCCAAUUGAAAGCGCAGCUUGUCAAAGGAGGGGAUUCGGUGACUCUAGUUGCGGCUUUUAUGCACGUAACCAAGUCAACGUGCAGGUCUUGGUUUCGAUAGCCCUGCAAGUCACCAGCAACGGACCGCGCCGGGGGUCCAGGAUGGACGGGUGGGGGGGUUGCAGAGAGAGGGGUGUGUGGAAGGCGACGAUUCGCUCAGUGGGCGAGUUUUGCGUCGAAUGCCUGCAUCCACGCGCGUGGAGAAGGGCUUAUGAGAGCGGAAGGAGUAAAAGGUGUAACAAUCGGCAGCGGCGGGUACACUCGACGGAUCAAGGCACUCUUGCCAACACAGCAACAAGCUAUGCAAGUGAGCCAAAGAGGAAAGACUGAGCUAAUCUGCAGCGAUCGCUCGGCGGGUAGAGGGAGAAAGCAUGCGCUUGUUUUAAGCCUAGUAUAUGUCCUGCCCUGCAAGGUCGACGCAGUUUCCAGCUCGCGCACCAACGAUCAAGACGCGGGGAAGCUGGGCACGCCCGACAGCCACUGGUCCCAGGGAGCAAGGUGCAGAUUGGAGCU